GAAGAGUUGGUUGCAAUCUUCAGAUUUAUCCAUCUUCGAAUACUUAUAAUCUUGUUCACCCUCGAUAACUGUUCGCUUCUUAUCCUCGGAUGAUUUGUGACUCUAGCUGGUUUAUUCAUAGACGGGGUUCACAAUGCUUGUCCUUACUCAGUCGCGACCUGUCUCGUCCCUACGAGCACUGAACAGAAAAUGGCGCCGUCAUGCUGGGGCAACCAACCCUGCACGCGGGGACGAGGCCCUAUUCGGUCGUAUGAGCGAAGUCGUUCGGCAUACCUGGUAUCUGGGGUUCACGUCGUUCGGAGGACCGCCUGUCCAUUUCCAGAUAUUUCAUGCGCGGUUUGUCGAGAAGGAAAAGUGGGUUGAUGAGCAGACGGUAGGCACCAUUGAUCUCAAUGCUAUAGUGCACUAAUGGGUAUAGUACCAAGAACUCUUCGCCAUAUGUCAGGGUCUUCCAGGACCAGGGUCAACGAAAAUGUUGUUUUGCUUGGUUUUGCUCCAUGCGGGGUUUAUCCCAGCGUUGCUCGCAUUUUUCCUUUGGUCUCUCCCCGGCGCAAUCGGCAUGUAUGCACUCUCUCUUGGUGUGCAACGGAUUGAUGAAACACUUCCUGCUCCAGUCUACGCUCUUCUCUCGGGCCUGAACGCUUCAACAGUAGGCAUUAUUGCUCUUGCUGCUGUCCAGCUGGCUGAAAAGGCCAUCCGUGAUAAGAUUUCCCGAAUCUUGGUAAUCUUUGGCGCAUGUGCUGGCCUCUGUUAUAGCGCACUUUGGUAUUUUCCUGUUCUUAUGGUUGCUGGCGGUGUUGCUACUGCGCUGUGGGACGGGCUGCUGUAUCAGCAGGUUUUGAAGGCGAAGAGUGCGUGGAGGAAUAGAAAUCGGCAGCCAGAGCCGGAGGCUGAUGCUCCCGAUAGCGCGGGCCUGGGAGAUGCGGCUGCGAGAAAUUCGACUCGUGGCCCAGGGGUAGAUAUCCUCCGGAUGAGAAAACCGGAAGCUGGGCCUUUGCCGCAACCAACUAGUGCCCAAACUUUCGAAGGAAGGGAUGGGCACGUGUCACAAGACCAUGUGAUUCGUAUUCGUGUUGGGAUUGCACUUUUCGUUUUCUUCUUCGCCUCUUUUAUCGCGAUACUGGUCACAAGAGCCAAGAUUUCACUACCCCCGUUGGCUCUUGAUCUCUUCGCGAACAUGUACCUCGCCGGCACUGUGAUAUUUGGCGGGGGCCCAGUUGUUAUCCCCUUACUCCGUUCUUAUGUUGUUGACCCAGGCUGGGUCUCGAGUCGAGACUUCCUAAUUGGCCUUGCUAUAAUCCAGGCCUUCCCCGGUCCAAACUUUAACUUCGCUGUUUUUCUAGGUGCACUCGCCCUUCAAGCCACAUCCUACCCAACAGUCUUUGGCGCAUUCCUUGGUGGAUUAGGAAUUUUCUUCCCUGGAAUUGCCCUUGCCAUUGCAAUCCAGUCCUUCUGGCGUGUUCUGCGAAAGCAGAAGUAUGUUAUUGAUUUUCUCCGUGGUGUGAAUGCAUCAGCCGUAGGAUUAGUUUUUACGGCCGUGUACAGGCUUUGGGAAAUAGGAUAUUUAAGUCCAUCGGAGCGUGAUGGGCAGAGCCUGGCAAAGGAGCCCUGGUGGGUUGUUGUCGCUGUUGUUACUUACGCUGAGAGUGCGUGGUUUAAAGUUCCGCCUGCAUUUGCGAUUUUGCUCGGUGCUGCCCUUGGGUUAUGCUGGUAUGGAGUUGUUGCUCCUGCCUGGUGACGAAGUGCAGACAUCCUUGAUAUGCUCGAAACCUACUCACUAGACCACCUGGACGCAGGAAAUAUGACCUGCGGCUAAACAGCUUCUAACUGCAGAUGUCUUCUGCCGCACGCCCUACUCUGCCUUGUCGAUGCCUCCGUUUAUGGCUUCUUUCGUCUUAAUUAUCAAUAUAUAUCCAUGAUAAGCUGCCUUACCUUUGCCUGAGCCCCCCUCUCAUGCUCCAACAUGGAUGAAAUUGGUACCACGCGGAGUAAUCAUAUGUAGAUGUUUAGAAGAACAAGAUGCAUUGGAUGCCUGAACCUGGAAGCUGCGCUUUACAUGCCGUAGCGCUUAGACAUCUCUAUUGGUUAAUUAACGUCUGACGUCCGACCUCAGCGGCUUCAGCGCUCCCACUGCCAAAGAUCCCAGGGAUCCUUAUGAUUGAGCCCAUUCCUCUUAUCUCUCCGGCCCCUCACUUAUCUUUCUUCACACAGCUCCAAAGGUCUCAUCCAAACCAGGU